CAUUUUGAUAAACAACUAGAACGCACCAGAUCUCUUUUUCUGCAAGGGAAGAGGCCAACUUGUGCAGCAUGCAGCUAAACCUCGGCCGUCCCAGCACCCGCGUGGUGGCUGGCCACCGCCAUGCCACUCCUGUGGUGACUGCUUCUCGCUUCAGCAGCCGCAGGUCGUCGGUCGCGGCCAAGGCCGUUCAGACCCCAUCCAAUGCGACCGCCGCGAGCGAGCUGCAGAGCCUUGGCCGCCUUUCCACCAUUGUCCCCGACACUCUAGCCAUGGAGACUCUGACCCCCGGCGCCAAGCUGGCUGCGGGGACUGUGUCAGCAAGCGUCUUACGGUCCGUCCUCGUUUCAGAGUCGCUGGGCCUGAAGCCGUAUGAGAACGCCAUCGUGGCCGCCAUGGCCGCCGGCAAGAACAGCAACAGCCCCCUGGCCGCCGCCGCGGACCCGCUGGACCGGGCGCUGGUCAACGUGGGCGCCAUGCUGUGCGACGUGGUGUGGGGCCGCGUGGAGACCAUCGUGGACCCCAACCUCGCCAACGACCAGGCCGCGGUGACGGAGAAGGUGCGGCUGCUGGCGGCGCUGUACGCGGCGCUGCGGGUGCCGCGCGACCGCCUCAUCUUCGGCCUGCCCGCCACCUGGGCCGCCACACAGGCAGCCAAGACUCUGGAGGCCGAGGGCAUCGCCACCAGCCUGUACAUGGUGUUUUCCGCCGCCCAGGGCAUCGCCGCCAUGCAGGCCGGCGCCUCCGUCAUCCGCAUUAACGUGGGCCGCGUGCGCGAGUGGUACGACAAGAACCCCGGCGCCAUCCGCAACCCCAACGGCCCCCGCGAGGACACGGGCCUGCCCUCCGCCUACGACCCCGCCAUUGAGCUGGUCAAGGAGCUCUACUGCUACGGCCGCAAGUACCACCCCAAGAGCGCCAUCAUGGCCAUGGGCCUGCGCUCGCGGCAAGACGCCCUGGACCUGGCUGGCCUGGACUACCUGAUCCUGUCGGGCCGCGUCAUGAGCCAGCUGGCGGCCCAGGACACGGACCAGGGCUACAACGACGGCCUGUCGGCGGUGGGCGGCAGCAGCGGCGUGGAGGCGGUGCUGACGCCGGCGCUGGCGGCGCAGGCGGAGGUGAAGCAGUGGCCCGCGCUGACGGAGCCGGUGUGGAAGAGCGAGCUGGGCCCCGCCGCCACCGAGCUGCUGGCGGCGGCGCUCAAGCUGCGCGCCAACGACGUCACCGAGCUCAAGAAGCUGCUGGCCAGCCGCUCCUCGGCAGCCGACUAAUGUGUGUGGUCGCUAUGGCAUGUGCUGGGCCGGAGCAGCCGACUAAUGUGUGUGGUCGCUGUGGCAUGUGCCGGGCCGGAGC